UCCACCAUCUUGGGAUGCUCGAUCAGCUCGACGGCUCGGGGUGUCCAUUGGCAUAUAAAGUUCGAAACGGACAAUUUUACUAAAGUGACUUAUUUCAUCUUCCUUGUCUCGUAUACAGUGAUAUAAUUAAUAAUUAGAAGAACACGUACGCGGAAAACUACAAAAUUGGCCACGAUGCUUGGGAAUUAUUCGCAUGUGUCCGCAUUGUUGUAAUAACAAAACAUCAUUCCGAGUUUUAGUCGCAUAAUUGAAAGGGUUGUUGAGAAGAAGAAGGGGUAAGCGACGCUAGUGACUUCCCCUUAUACGAUUAUACUAAAAUAUCAACGAGUUCUACAUCUUGGUCUUUUGAAUAGUUAUGAAUUACGAGUGAUUAGUUGUAGCCAGAACAAAUUUUUGGUCUAUUUCACAAAAACAAUGCUGUUUUUAAAGUAACCCAAUGUAUUACAUUGUAAAAGUAUGUCAUGACAUGAACGAAGAGCAUCGUUAAAGUUAGAGUAAUUACAUGAGAUGAUAUUGUUAUGAAAUAACUAUUUUUUAAACAUGUUUCGAUUAGUAUUGUGACAUGCUACUUCAAAGAAGAAUCGAUUAAUAACAUAAAAUAUAACCGUGAGAAUGUAUAAACUAUUGUGUCAAAGAUUCAUUUAUCAGAAUCAAAAUGCAUUGCCUUUUGCGUAUACUUGUAUACAGAAAUGUCAAACGAAAGCAAGGAAACAGGUAGAGAAGAAGAGCGUAUCUAAUAUCAAGAAGUAUUGGUUCAAUAGAUAUGUAGAUUAUAUUAAAAAUUACGAGCGUAUAUUGGAAAAAAAUUUCCCACGGACGAUACAUGUGUAUCGUGUGUUUAGUAUCGGUACCAAAGAUUUCAUCUCAGAAGUGAAAAAAUAUAUCUUAGCAAUGAAAAAACAAAGUACUUAUGGCAUUGAUAGUUUAACGGCAGAAGAAUUACAGCUGAACUAUACAAUGCGCAAAGAUUUAAUAAGGAUAUGCCCUGUUUUGUUAAUAUCUGCUAUUCCUUUUACAAAUUACUUUAUCUUUCCUUUGGCAUAUUAUUAUCCGAAAUAUCUUCUAACUUCCCAUUACUGGACGCUACAACAGAAACUUGAAUUUAUGCUGAUAGACCUUAAAAAACGAUUGAAACACAACAGACCAUUGUUCAGGUGUAUGCAGGCAGAGGUUCAUAAGAUCAAAAAUCGCACAUUAAAGAUAAAGUGGAACGACGUUGUCGCGCGUCUCGGUAGCGGUACACACCCUAAUAUAAAAGAUAUUAAUGCCUGUUCUGAAUUAUUUGCUGGUCAACCAUAUUCGUUAAAUAAUCUUAAAAGGAAACACAUAAAAGAAUUACUCGCCAUACAUGACAUAUCUUCUUGGAGACCUUUCAGAAAACAAAAAUUGAUAGAAAGGGCUAUGCUAAUAAAACGAAUGGAUCGAGCUAUACAGAGAGAAGGUGGAUGCACAAAAUUAUCAAAUGAUUCAAUGCGUUGGGCACUUUCGUUUAGGGGUGUAAGUCCUGCAAAUAUGUCGAUAGAGAGUAUGCAAAACUGGCUUGAGCAGUGGUUCAUGAUAUCAAACACAGUCAAUGAAAAUACUCUUUCUUUACUGUUACAUAGUCCAAUAUUGUUGGCAUAUAAUUACCCUACUAAUUGGAAGCUUGUAUAUGGUUGAUACAAAACACUGAA